ACCUAUUAUGUUUAACUAUAAGGUUUCUUUUUCCAUCGGCAGGUACUAGCAUGUCUCGCAUUAGACUUCUUACUGAUUGGGCUGGGCCUGUCCAUCAGUUUCGUGACAAUGGUGUUACCUGAGGUGCUUGAUGCUAAAGAAGGUCUUUCAAUUACUAAGAAACAGGCGUCAUGGUUUGGCAGCAUGGCGUUUCUCUGCCAACCACUGGGCAGCAUAUUCUCAGGACCACUACUGGACCACUUUGGUCGCAAGAAGGCGUUGUUCCUGGUCAACAUACCACACGUGGUCGCCUGGCUACUAAUGUAUUACGCGUGGGAUGUGCCUUCCCUCUUUAUUGGAAAUGCCCUGCUCGGUAUAGGAACUGGAAUCAUGGAAGCGCCAUCUGUUACAUACGUUGGUGAGAUAAGUGAUCCAUCAGUGCGAGGAAUCCUAACAACUCUUACGAAUGGGUUCACAUCGACGGGUAUGUUCGUGGCGUACCUGCUCGGCACAGUACUGCCGUGGAGACAGGCCGCUCUAGUGGCUCUCACUGUACCACUGACCACCAUGGUGCUCGUGCUCUUUGUACCAGAGACUCCAAUAUGGCUGCUAUCGAAGGGCCGUCAAAAGGAAGCUCUCGCCUCACUGUGCCGCCUCCGUGGCUGGGCGAAACCAGAACAUGUUAAAGAAGAGUUUGAUGAAUUAAUACAAUAUCACGAUGCUUUACGUCGAUGUGUACUAUGUGCCAAAGAAGGAAAAAUAUUAGAACCAUGCGAACAUUACAACACAAGUUCUAUGAAAAACAUUAUCUUGAAGAUAAAGCACAUAUUCUUUGUAAAGGAAACUAUGAAGCCAUUCAUGUUGGUGCUGGCGUACUUCUUCUUCUAUACCAUGAGCGGAGCUCUGCCAGUCAGGCCUAAUAUGGUGAAUGUGUGCAAGGCCUUAGGAAUGAAGUAUGACCCCAAAAAUAUUGUAGUUGUCAUUGGCGCACUGUUCAUAGUAAUAAGUUUACUGUCGGCCGCUAUCGUCAGAUUUAUUGGGAAGAGGAAGCUAGUCGUCGGGUCCAUGUUGGGUACAGCCUGCUGCAGCAUGGCCAUCAGUAUCUACGCUCGUAUGAAUCUUCCUGCCACCGUUUUCUCCUACGAGAUCGACACGUUUACCGACAAGAAAGAACUGUUACCUGUCAUCUUAUUUUUAGCACUCAUUUGCUUCAACGCUCUUGGUAUACCCUGGGUGCUAUUAUCCGAAGUUUUUCCAUUCAGGAGCCGUGGAAUCGCUACUGCCCUCGCAGCUGCGUCAAGCUACAUCAUUUACUUCGGAGCAGCCAAAACCAAUUACAACAUCGAAUAUGCUUUCCACCUGAGUGGAACAUUUGGUCUUUAUGCCAUAUUCGGUUUCGUAGGAACAGUAUACAUGUAUUUAUUCCUACCAGAAACUGAGAAGAAAACUUUAGCCGAAAUCGAAGCAUAUUACAAAAGCGAUAGGAAAAUAUUCGCAGAUGAUUUCUUAAUAAACGCUUUUAGGAAGAAGAAAGUUGUAAGCAGUGAUGCUGACAAACCGAUGCUAGUCAAAACAAUUGAUUGAAAUUCUUAGAUAGGCGAAUGUAAAUAGUUUAACCCUGAUUCGAUAGAUGUCUGUUGUCGAUGAGAGAGAAUCUGCGAUAUAUUGUUUUUUGUACAUCAAGACCAAUUUUGUACAAGAAUAUUGAUCAUAUAGUCAUUGUUCAUCGAGUGGGUUCUGCCAGAGAUGUUUCAACGAAACUUUCUUCUUUUAAUCCAACUGAUCUGAUAUCAGUAAGCAUUUUACAGCUAUCAUUAUCACUGAGUCGUAGAAAGAUAUCAAUUAAAUAAGUAUACGUAAUAACAAAAUGUUCUAUUUAGAUGUAAGAAGAUGUUUUAGUAAAAAU